UUCUUUCCUCUCUUCCGUCAGUCAAACCUCACACAUUUUUUUGCCACCGACAAGACUCCGAGGAUCUUGAGGUUUGGCAAGAAAACCCCUUUUUUUCCCUAAAUUUCGUGUCUUUUUUUUCUUGUUAAUUAACGAAUUGAUGCUUAUAUUUUCAACUGUAAAAUGAAUCAAAUUUGCUGUGUAUAAACCAUUUCUGGGUUUUUACUUAUUUUGAUUAUGGAAUUACUCAAUGGGUUCAAAAACCCAUUUCGUAGUGAAUAUAAAAGAUGGGUUUUUUUAGUUGGAUUAGUAGCUAUAAGUCAUUUAUUGUUUCAGUCCUUUUUGCUUCCAUAUGGUAAUGCUCUUAGAUCUUUAUUAUUGCCUGGUAUUGAUGCUUCAAGUGAGGGUAAUUAUGGAAAUGUUGUUUCUCGUGUUCGAUCGGGUUCAAAAUCGGUUGUGGUUCGUAAUACUCUUACUAUUAAUGGUUCUGAUUUUAGUACUAGGGAUGUUAUUUUGUUUAAUGGUGGUAAUGGUGGUGGAGAUGUUGGAAUCAGUAGUCGAAAAAUCGGGGAUUGGGUGGAAAAGGGUGUGAGUAAAGUCAUUUUCGAUGGAAAUGUUGACGAUGAUUACGCGUCCGAGAAUGGUGAGGAUUUAAACGAGAAUGCUGUGUUGGAAGAGGUCAUUCGAGAUCAAGAUAAUUAUGUAAAUGCUACAUCGCGUAUAGAGCAGGUCGCGAAACAUGGGCGGGAAGUGUCUACCGGUGAACUUCGGGAUGUAAAUACUACUUCUCAGUAUCCAGCAUUGUCUUCGAUGGCAAACCCGACGCCGAAUGCUGGCUCUUCUUUCCGUUCCACGUCCCUGCAAAGUGAUCAUACAGUAUCUAAGAGUAAUUCUUUGAUGGUUGUUAAACAGGGGAAGAAAAAGAUGAGAUGUGAAAUGCCACCAAAAACAGUAACUACGAUAGAUGAGAUGAACCAUAUAUUACUACGGCAUCGUAGGUCGUCACGUGCAAUGAGACCACGUCGUUCUUCUAUACGUGACCAAGAAAUCUUUGCCGCAAAAUCUCGGAUUGAGAAUGGUCCUGUCAUAACAAACGAUCAAGAUCUUUAUGCUCCCGUUUUUAGGAAUGUUUCAUUGUUUAAAAGGAGCUACGAACUUAUGGAACGAAUACUCAAAGUUUACGUCUAUAAAGAUGGGAAAAAACCCAUUUUUCAUUUACCAAUACUUAAGGGAUUAUAUGCGUCGGAGGGAUGGUUUAUGAAAUUGAUGCAAGGGAAUAAGCAUUUCGUUGUGAAGGAUCCACGUAGGGCGCAUUUGUUUUAUAUGCCGUUUAGUUCUCGAAUGUUGGAGUACACGCUUUAUGUUCGGAAUUCUCAUAACCGGACUAACUUACGCCAGUUUUUGAAGGAUUACACGGAAACUAUAUCGGCAAAGUAUCCUUACUUUAAUCGAACCGAUGGAGCAGAUCAUUUCCUCGUUGCUUGCCAUGAUUGGGCUCCAUACGAAACGAGGCACCAUAUGGAACACUGCAUCAAAGCACUUUGCAAUGCAGACGUCACUGCGGGUUUCAAAAUCGGGAGGGAUGUUUCUCUUCCGGAAACAUAUGUCCGGUCGGCAAGGAAUCCUCUUAGAGAUCUCGGAGGAAAACCGGCUUCUCAGAGACAUAUACUUGCUUUCUAUGCCGGAAGCAUGCACGGGUAUCUCCGUCCGAUCUUAUUAAAACAUUGGAAAGACAAAGACGCCGAUAUGAGGAUCCUCGGUCCGAUGCCUCCCGGUGUUGCGAGUAAAAUGAAUUAUAUCCAACACAUGAAGAGCACUAAGUACUGUAUAUGUCCCAAAGGUUACGAGGUUAACAGUCCACGAGUAGUUGAAUCCAUCUUUUAUGAAUGCGUCCCCGUUAUCAUCUCCGACAAUUUCGUGCCACCGUUUUUCGAAGUUCUCGAUUGGGGAGCUUUCUCGAUAAUACUUGCGGAGAAAGACAUCCCUAACUUGAAAGACAUACUUACGUCAAUACCACAAGAGAGGUAUCUCGCGUUGCAACUCGGUGUUCAAAAGGUUCAACGGCAUUUCCUAUGGCACGCGAAACCUGAGAGGUACGAUCUCUUCCAUAUGACACUUCAUUCCAUUUGGUAUAACAGAGUCUACCAGAUAAAACUUAGGUAGUAGUAACAUUAAUGGCCAUUCCAAAUGUGAAUAUACUUUUUUUUAUCCGUUUUAUGGUCCAUGUUCGGGUUGCGUAGUUUUCACGUCUUUGGGGCUUUUUUUUGGAUUUGUAUAUAUUUAAACUAAUGAUAUUUUUCAGUGAUUCUUAUAUUUGGUUUGUAAUUUUGUUUUAA